AUGUUGCCGCGAGCGGGAGGCAUGGCCGGCAGGGCGGGGCUGCUCGGGCUCGCGUCGCUCGGUCCGGAGGCCGCGGCGCUGUGGCGCCUGGCAUCGGGCGGCGCGGUGGCGCAGAUGAAUCGCUCCAUCCGCGAGGGAUGGACCGUCGCGUCCAGCAACGGGAGCUGGGCACGAUCAUUUUGCGCGACCUCGGGCGCGGGUCGUCCGCCCGCUGGGAAGCCCCUCUGCCCCUGCUGCAAUCACCCCCUCACGUACGCGCCAGUGAACGGCCACCAGGCCUCUGAGGACUCGAGCGGCCGGCGGUUCGUCCUCUGGUGCACGAACUGUCGGUCCGGACACCGGCCCGAGGACGCGCACAUGCUCGAGACGUCGAACACGCGUCCGCCCAAGGCGCAACCACCUCCGCUGCCGGCGCGCCAGCCUCUCCGCAUCACCCUGACGUCGGCCCCGCCGAACGUCGGCUCGCCGUACGACAACGCCUGGGGCCCGCUCGACACGAGCGCGAACCCGGGCGCGGGCACCGACGUGCACUCGUCGUUUGGCGGCUCUGGGGCGCCCGGGCGCGGCGACGGCGAGCGCCGCCAGGGCGCGUUCCUGUCCGAGUGGGCGCGGCGGACCCCGCGCGAGAUCGUCGCCAAGCUCGACGAGGUCGUCGUCGGCCAGGAAACCGCCAAGGAGCUCGUCGCCGUGGCUGUGUACAACCACUUUAAGAGAAUGGCCAAAUCGGCGAGCGCACGCAACGACGCGAACGACUCGGGCCUGCCGGAGGGCAGCGAGGCCGCGAUGCUCCACCAGGCCGCCGCGCUGGCCGCCCAGGCGCGCGUGCGGCCCACGGGGCAGCCGGACGGGCCGACGUCGCCGUCGUCGCACGCGGGCGGCCCCGGGCACGGGCGGAACGGGCACGGCGCGCCCGGACACAACCCCGCGAUGAGACCGCUGCACCCCGGAUGGGCGACCGUGCCGCUGGGCGUCCCGCCGCGCGAGCAGGGCAACGGCGACGGACGCGAGUCUGGCGGCCACGUGCGGCCCGACAUGGUCGCGCCGCCGUACCCGGACCUCGGCGGAGGGUCCCGGCCGCAGAACAGCGGCCCGUACGGCGCGCAGCGCGAGGAGGACGGCGCGCGGACUGCCCGCGGGGAGAAGCGACUUGCCGGGAGCGACAGCGAGGAGGUGCAACUGGCGAAGAGCAACGUGGCGCUGCUGGGCCCGACGGCGUCCGGGAAGACGCUGCUGGUUUCGGAGGUGGCCAAGCUCGUGAACGUGCCGUUCGCGUCGGCGGACGCCACCGGGAUGACGCAGGCGGGCUACGUCGGCGAGGACGUCGAGAGCGUCCUGCAGAAGCUCCUCGUGGCCGCGGACGGCAACCUCGCGGCGGCGGAAAUGGGCAUCGUCUACAUCGACGAGAUCGACAAGAUCCGCCGGAAGCCCGACCACCACGGCCGCGACGUCGCGGGCGAGGGCGUGCAGCAGGCGCUCCUCAAGAUGCUGGAGGGCACCGUCGUCGACGUGCCGGAGCGCAAGAAGGGCCACGGCGGCGGCGGCGGGCGCGUCUCGAUCGACACGUCCAACAUCCUCUUCGUCGUCUCCGGCGCGUUCUGCGGGAUCGAGCGCGUCAUCGAGAGGCGCGUGUCGGACAAGGCGCCGCACCUGGGCUUCAACGCGAGCCCGCGCGAGUCCCGGACGGGCGCCGAGGGGCAGGCCCGGCGCGACAGCAUGCUGCAGCGCGUCGAGCACACCGAUCUGGUGCAGUUCGGGCUCAUUCCGGAGCUCGCGGGGCGCCUGCCGGUGCUGGUGCCGCUGAAGAAGCUGACGGAGGAGGACCUGGUGCGCGUGCUGACGGAGCCGCGGAACGCGCUGUGCAAGCAGUACCGGCAGCUGCUGUCGAUGGAGGGCGCGGAGAUCUUCUUCACGAACGCGGGCCUGCGCGCGAUCGCGCGCGUCGCGGACCGCAAGGGCACCGGCGCGCGCUCGCUGCGGUCGAUCCUCGAGCGCGCGCUGCACCGCGCGAUGUUCGAGGUGCCGUCGAUCCGCGGCCGCGAGGAGUUCAUCGGGGUGCUGCUCGACGAGGGGGACGUGGAACAGGGCACCGGUGCACGUAUCGUGGUGGACCGGGGGGAGUGGGACGCCGCGCUGCAGGCCGCGGGGCCGGGCGGGUUCCCCGCGGCGUCGAGCUCGGAGGACGAGAAGGCGCAGGGCGCGACGAGCGGCCAGAAGAGGGCCUCUGUGGGCGACUCGUAA